CUCGGCCAAGAAAUUCAGGCUUCAGCUGUAUAUCGACGAGGUGCGCGAGCUUGGCUGUGGAGGUUCUGGACAAGGCACCUCUGCGCUCUUGUGAUGAAACUUCGCUUUUGCAGCAAACGAGCCAAUUGAGGCCGCUGUCAGGAAGAUACGAGGCGAGUGGCGGAUUGCACGAUGUGUGAAUGGCUCGCGUCAUGGUGUUGUGGUGUGAACUGGCCGAAUCAGGGGCCGGUGAGGCUCUCAGCCCCAGAUUGCCAAGUAGGCCCCGAACUCUCCACUCCGCGCUUUCUAGCAGGGCUACAUGUCGAAACUGGCCGGGUUGCGGAAAUACGAAGUCAUGUCCAAUCAGCCGCAUCGGUGUACCGAGCUGCGGAUGGGCUGUGUUGCUGCCAUCCCGCAUCUGGGCCGAUGAUAGCGAGGUCGAGAAUUCGAGCUCUCGACAGCAUGCGGCAUUCAAAUGACAAGAAUAGAUUGCAAACCGUAGGGUCGUCGAGCGGUGAGC